GAUGCUAAGAAGGGCAACACGGCUGCUUAUUCAUCCACCUCGAUAGCUUGCUAGGCAUGAAACCGACAUUUUGAAGCUCUUUAGACCAUUCUUGUGUAUAUUUGUCUCGGUGUUUUAAACACAAUCAUGUUAACGUAUCAACUGCUUAAUUUUAACAUCAUUUGCAUGUUAAAUGUGUUAACCCUGUUAAGAUUGAUACUGAGCCCGGCUCUAGGCUAGUCGCUAAUGAUAACCAGCUAAUGCUAGCUAGCUAGCUAACUAAUAUCCCCGACCAUGAGCUCACUCAGCUUCUUCUCCCCAGCUAAAGAAGAGGAGGUCUGCUGGAAACAGAAAGAUGCUCUGGGGCUGAACAUUGUCGUAAAAGAGGAUGAUAUUACAGUGAAAGGAGAGGAAGAAGCUUUCAGAAUUAAAAAGGAGGAAGGGGAGGCUAUCACAUUGAAAGAAGAGGAGGAGCAUUUUGGAGUGGAGGGAGUAACGGCUGUCACAGUGGAAAAAGAGGUAGAAGCUUUCAGAAUGAAAAAGGAGGAAGAGGAGGCUGUUAUAGUGAAAGAAGAGAAUGAAACUUUAGGAGUGGAAGAGGGGAUAGAGGCUGUCACAGUGGAAGAGGAGGAGGUAGAAGCUUUCAGAAUAAAAAAGGAGGAAGAGGCGGCUGUUAGAGUGAAAGAGGAACCUUUUUGGGAGGAAGAGGAGUCUAUCUCAAUAAAAGAGAAGGUAGAAGACGUUCUGGGAGUGAAAGAGGAGGAGACAGAAGAUCUGAUUAACACCAGAGAGAGACAUGACUAUCGUGGAUCCUCUGGGGAGCCUCAACAACAUCCUGAUGCUGACGAGGCAGAGAAGAGUCUCUCCAGAUCCAAACACCAGAUGGACAACGCUAGCCCGCCCCUUUCCACCCUACCAGAGUCCCCGUGUCGUGCCUCUCCCGGUAGCGCCUUACUGCUGGGUAUGAAGAGGUUGUCUGUGCUGCUGGUGGACUGCAGGAAAACAACGGGGCUGAGUGGAACUGUGAGAGGAGGAGAAGAGAAGAAAGGAUCAGAUUUGACACAUCAAAGAGAGAGAUCAGACUCUCACGCUGACAGUGGUAAGAGUCCUUCAGGGGAUCCAGACCCAGCGACGUCCAAACCAGCAGGACGACACCACUGCUCCCAGUGUGGAAAGAGUUUUAACCAUUUAGGGAACCUGAAAACGCACGGGAGGACACAUACAGGAGAGAAGCCAUACCACUGCUCCCUGUGUGGAAAGCGAUUCACCCAUUCAGGGAGCCUGAAAGCACAUACGAAAAUACACACAGGGGAGAAGCCUUAUCACUGCUCUCAGUGCGGAAAGAGAUUUAUCCAGUUAGGGAACCUGGAAUCACAUGAGAGAACUCACACAGAAGUAAAGAGGCUUUUCCACUGUUCUCAUUGUGAAAAGACUUUUAAGAAUUUAGGGAACCUGAAAGUGCAUGAGAAAUGCCAUACAGGGGGGAAGCUUUUCCGCUGCUCCCAGUGUGGAAUGAUAUUUACCCAGUUUCGGCACCUGACAGACCAUGAGGUAACACACACAGGGAAGAUGCCUUACCACUGCUCCCAGUGUGGAAAGGCAUAUUUCACGUCACAUGCACUUAGUCUUCAUGAGAGAACACACACAGUGCUCCCGCCCUUAUCUCAUAUUUUUGACUGAAAAUGUGUUUUUGUUUAUGCCACAUUAAAUCAAAUUGUAGAAAGUAUACUCAACAUCAACAACAAAAAUGUUACCCUCUGUUUCUACUUGAAAAACAUGUUAAAACAAUUAUUUAACCUUAAAUUCCUAUUACUACCAAGUCAAAUAAGAACUCCCAAUAAUAUUUUUCCAAUCAAGUUACAGAGCUCUACCAGGCGGUUGAGAAGUCAAGAGGCUCAUACCUACAAUGUCACAUUUAGAAUGACAUUUUGCAUAGUAUUUUUACUGAUCUAGAUAAUAUCAUAUACAUUACUUUAGGUAUGCUUCAAUGGCUUUUAUACAUAGUUAAGCAUUGUUAAAUGAGGACUGAUCUCAAACGUGGAACAACGUAUGGUAAUAUUCAGUUACAUUUGAAAUGUAUGUGUUUUUCCAGGUGGUGUAUACAGUAGUAGUCACACAAAAUGGCUUUCUUGAAUUUCAAAUGGUCUAGGUUCUUCCACCACAUUUCCCCCAUCUUCAGACUACAUUUUACGGUAAUAUAUGACAAAGUGCCGUUUUUUUUUAUGACUAUUACAGACUUUGUUUUAUAGGCCUAUAGUCUGAAUAUUGAUUAAUUGACGCCAUGGGGCAUGAAAUGUGGAUACAACCACUUAUGUUCCGUAGUAGUAGUAGUCUGUUAAUCAUGUCUGUCUCUAGUAGUAGCAGCUGUAGUAGUAGUAGCAGUAGCUGUAGUAGCAGUAGCUGUAGUAGUAGCUAUGUGGUGUGUGCCAUUUUAAUCAAUCCGGUUUUUAGUGAAGUAGGGAACAGGAGAGUCUAAUAGCGGCCUGUUUGGUGUCACGGAGAGAGUGUUCAGUUUGUUCUCUGGUUGGAGGGAGCCAGUCUGUAAACUAGGAGUUCUUCAGGGAUUUAACAAAUGUCAGGCAGAUCAGCUCAUGUUCUGACAUGAAGGCUUCCUGGUAGCUGGUGUACAGUUACGACCGGCCUAGAAUUAUUCUGCUGCAGGGCUCUCUUCUGGACACUCUCCAGCUUGAACGAUCAGGGUUUGAGUGAGGUCAGGAUGUGACCAUGGUAUGCUAGGGUGACAGACAGUGACAGCAUACUUCAGAACUGGUCUUACACUGGUCUCUUGAAUAAUGUUUACAUACUGCUUUACUCAUCUCAUAUGUAUAUAUUCUGUAUUUUAUUCUACUGUAUUUUAGACAAUGCCACUCCGACAUUACUCGUCCUAAUAUUUAUAUAUUUCUUAAUUC